UGUACGUGAUCAUGGCAUUCCAUAUUCUUUAUAACAUCCACAGUAGGAAUAUGCAAGUGUAUAGUUCUCUUAGCAAAAUGGCACUGGUUAAUUUAGUUUUAGUUCUGUGUUUUUCCUACAUCUGUCGAGCAGACGUAGAGCCGGGUGACCCGCGCGCCGCAGUAUUCAUCGAAGGUUUCUCUCGCAUCACGCGCGGCCCGCCGGGCGGGUACGCGGCGAUCGACCCGCUCUACAUCAACUACUUCGGCGGCUCCUUCGCGACGCUACAGUACAAGAACUACAAUAACACUGUCACGGGUCUGAGCAACUGUGCGGCUUAUGACUUUGUCCUCAGUGCGGACGGGCGCGUGAUUAACUUCGCGCUGGACUGCCCCGGCUACACCCUGUACUCGGCCAACGAGGUGACGGGCUACCUGCUGUAUAAGAACAUGAACGGCCGAGGCACUUUGGAAAUCGAUUACGGAAGAUACAUAGUCCGCGUGUACGCUGUGUUGACCUACGUAUCGGACAGGUACGGCAACACCUACUACCGCAUCGGCGGGUUCUCCCUCGACAUCGACGUCAUAGGACCUAUCAACUUCAACUUCAUGCAUCUCUUCAACAAUAAUAGAAUCAGAAAUGAAGAGAUCAACGAGCUGGCGAACAGCAACUGGAAGAGGGUGGCGGUGUUCUCCCGCGAGCCCGUCUGGUAUCCCAUCAUGAACAAGAUCCUCGCCAGCCUCAACAACUAUCUCCGGACUGCGCCUAUACAGUCACUGUAGAUAUCUGGCCCCAAGAAAAAAAAGCGAGAUGGUGGUAACUGCAGAAAGUAUGACUCACAUUAAAAAAACUAAAUCAGAUUUAAAGCUGCGAAGAUCGUAGCUAACAAACAUACCUACAACUGCAGGCACGUUAAACUUUUAUCGCCGUAAAAUAUCCUAGCUGUUAGUUAAUCACAAUAAAAGAAAUGCAAUAAAGUG